ACAGGGGACGCUCAGUGGUGGGUGUAAUAUAACGCCGUACUCUCCAGUCGGAACAGCGCGUCAGUCAGUCGCUUACCCUCGAGCAAAUCAAAACACGGUGCACGCACGCGUCAAGACACAGAUAAUCAUGGUCACCAUUACGAGACUUUCGCUUAUCAAAAUCGUUGAGCUGGUUAUUGUAUGCGUAAUCCUCAUUCUGCACGUUAAUUACCAUGGUGUCAGUGCGGAAGACGUAUUUCUCUCAGCAGGAACUGAAGUCGGAUUCCUGGUAAUUCUUACCGGUCUGUUUGCCGGAGCUGUAACGGGAACACCCGUCAACCGACGUGUGGAACUCUUCUUCCUCCUCGUGGGAUGCGCCAUGUUCAUCGCUUCUGGCGCCAUCACCCUCGAUAGGUACAGAGGCGACAGGGUCGUAGCCCGAGGAUCAUUGUCAAUCGUUCAAGGUGCUCUGCUCCUCUUGGACGGUUUCCUGACAUUCCGAGGAGAGGCAUAAAUCACUCAAAUCUUGAAACCGCACUGUUUAAUGUUCAGGGCAUUAUUGAAGAAAGGAUCAUUUUUUUCAACUCAAAUUUUCAAUGCAAGGGUAAAUUUAUUUCGAAACAGUGCGGCUCUUUAUUUUUUUACAAGGAAACACUUCGUAUUUCUUGAAACUAAAAUUAAAAUCCACUUCUUUUGCUACGGAAAAUCUUAUAUGAUAAGUAAAUAUGUAUUCGAAAUACAAUCUUUAUUUUAUAAUACGAAAAAUGAAAAUGUACAACUGCUGUAAUUCCUGUAUUUGUAAGUGCCAUUCAUGCUCUCCGAGUCAUUCCAUUGAUUUGAAAUUUUCGAAAUUUUCAUGUCGAUGAAAUUUCUGGUACCAGAAUUUCUGGCUCUCCACAUUUUUCCAUCCAUUCAUCAUUCAUGUUUAUGGAAUGUAACAUUGCAUUUAUUUAUAAAAUAUGCGGAUGAUCAUUGUUUUGGCGAUGACAUCAUAAUAAAGUGCAUUUGAGUACAAUUA